AUGGCCUCCGAUAGCGUUAUCACUUUAUUUGCCGCUAGUAUUAUUUCAGUCGCUAUGAUUAACGUAACUGUUGUCGUGGGCGCGGCGAGCAACCUCGGAUAUCAAGUAUUAAAGAAGCUAACCAAACUGCACGGCGGCAAAAUAUAUUUCACCGCCGAGGAUGAAUCUACGGGAUACAAAAUUCACGAUGUGUUGAAAAAAACGGGGGCCAACCUUGAAUAUUUUAAAGUUGAUGUAGCGUACACGAAGAGUAUUAUAAAGUUUAGACACCACAUACAAGAUCAGGAUGAAAGAAUUGAAUUAUUGAUCAACAUCACAGACUACGCUCCGACUGAGAGGCAUUUGUCGCACGUGGAAAAAGUUAGAAGGACAUUAAGCGUUAACUUCUAUGGAUACAUUAAUUUUGGGAAGCUUAUAUACCCGUUGUUAACAGACAACGCAAGAGUUGUGAAUGUAUCGGGGCCAGCUGGAUUGUUAGCGACAAUUGAAAGUGAAGCUAUUAGAUCAAGGAUAAGUAAUCCUAAGCUCACAGAAGACGAAUUAGUUUCAAUAGUUCAAGAGUAUGAAGAAGCUGCUAGAAAGGGUAUUGAAAAAACGGAAGGUUGGGGUACCAGUGUCAAUGCUUUCAGCAAAGUUGCGUUAAGUGCUGUAACAUUUCUGCAACACAGAGAGUGGUGCGAUAAGGGAAUCAUUAUCAACUGCGUCAAUCCAGGAAACGUUACCAGUCGUGAAGACAGGAAGUCUACAAAAGUGUUUGAAGAAGGCGCCAAGGCCAUAUUAUAUUUGGCUCUGGAAGCGCCUCUGACUUUAAAAGGGAAUUUUGUGUGGAGUAACUACAAUGUGAUAGAAUGGAACGGUGACCCAUUUGUAGAAGUAACUACUGUGUAGACAUUUCAUAUUAUUUAUUUAUUAAAUUAUUUUAGUGCUAAA